GAGUCGGAGAGAGAUGAUGGUGAUGAUGAUGAAAUUCUCGAUAUUACAAAGGAAAUACAUAGCGAACAUCAUGGUGAUAGUGAUGGUGAUGGUGAUGUUGACAUGGAUGAUGAUGAUGCAGAGAUGUAUGCACAUGCUGACGAGGCCGAGAGAAAUUUAGAGGAUAAGGCAGAGACUGAGAAGGCAAGGACUGCAAAGGGUUGCGAAAAUGUGAGGAGUCCCAUUAAUACAAGAAGCAUGGCAGCGGAGGAGGCAGCAGAGAAGAGGACCAGAGGUCCAAAGAAGCAGAAGAAUCAGAAGACAAAGAAGGUAGGUAAGAAGGCAGCAGCUGAGAAGGAGGCAGCUAAGAAGGCACCAACUAAGAAGGCAGCUGCUGAGAAGGAGGCAACUAAGAAGGCACCAACUAAGAAGGCAUCAGCUGAGGAGGACGCAGCCCAGAAGAAUCAGAAGAAGCAGAAGAAACCAAAGACUUAUGGUAUUUAA